AUGGGAAGGAAGAGAAGUCUAAUCGAAAAGGCGAAAUUCAGAUGGAAAUGGCAUGGGAACAUUUUUCAUCCGUCGACGACGUUGACCACUCAUAAAAAAGAACUUGAAAAUUUCAUCUUGUUACAAGAUCUCAAGAAGUUUGAUGUUCAGAAUCAAAUAAUUGAUUCGGAAAAUAUGUCAACUUUCAAAAGCAAACAAAAGGAAAGAAAACAAAUAGCAAACAAUAAAUAA